AUGAUCGAAAAGGGAACUCCUGUAGGAGAAACCUACUGUAGAUCGGUUAUUUGGUGGGACGACGACGGAAUCUAUAACGAAGAGGGCUGUGGAGAACGUCCUUUUGGUCCACGUUUGCGCGUAGAUGGUGGAGAAAUUGCAGAGGAAAAUGAGAUACCAUGGGCUGCUCUGCUCAAGAGGAAAGAACGAGAAGGCUACUGCAGCGGCACACUGAUCACGAAACGACAUGUGUUAACAGCGGCGCACUGUUUCAAAGAAUAG